UUCUCCAAAUCAGUCCACCCACGCAUUCUAAUUUACCCAAAAGGUUAAUGAGAACUUGGCUGGUCAACCAUUUUAUAAUUUGUACUCACUCUUCCACUACUGCACCUUCUUCCUCCUCUUCCCUUGGGGCUCUGCCUUGUGGGGACAGAAAUCUGAGGCGGCUAUGAAAGGGAAGGGGGAGAUGGUGUUGAAAUCAAGGAUGAAAUGGGUUGGCUUACUGGGUAUUGUUCUUUCUACUUUUUCCCUCUUCACCCAUUUCUUCCUUGCUGGAUUUACUCAGGAUGCCGUUUCUGAGUAUCAAUCAUCUGCUGCUGCUGUUACAAUCUUCUCUUGGAGACCCGUCUUUGAACAUCCAGAUUUCUCCCCGGCUAGUCCUUUGUUUAGACGGCUUUGGGGCCCAGUUAGGCGGCUGGAAACUUUGCAUCCUUAUGCAAAUCCCAGACAACACUAUCCUGCAGAUCCCUCAUCACAAUCAAAUGGAUUCAUCUUUGUUCGUAUACAGGGCGGAUUCCACGAGAUCAGGAAUUCGAUAUGCGAUGUUGUUGUCAUUGCUCGGUUACUUAAUGCUACCUUAGUAAUUCCCGAGAUUCUAUCAACCACAAGCAGCAAAGGAAUCAGCUCCCAGUUCAAGAGUUUUGCUUAUCUCUAUAAUGAAGACCAGUUCAUUGCAGCCUUGACUAGAGACGUUAAGAUCGUGAAGACACUUCCGAGAAAUCUGAAAGGUGCUCGGAGGAAAAAGGAGAUCCCACAUUUCAAACCAUCUUACUUAGCAUCCCCAUAUUUUUAUCGCCACCAUGUUCUUCCUGUUCUGAAGAAGCAUUCGGUGGUCGAACUUGUCAUCUCCGACGGUGGAUGCUUGCAGGCUAUCCUUCCGCCUGAUCUUGAAGAGUAUCAGAGAUUGAGGUGUAGAGUUGCCUUCCAUGCUCUUCAAUUCAGAGUGGAAGUUCAGGAUCUUGCCACUAAAAUUCUGCAUAGGUUAAGAGCUCCGGGCAGGCCGUUCGUAGCCUACUAUCCUGGGAUGACAAGAGAGGCCUUGGCGUAUUAUGGUUGUGCUGAACUGUUUCAGGAUGUACAUAAUGAGCUCAUUCAGCACAAAAGAGUGUGGAUGCGAAGGCGCGGGAUCGUCAAGGGGAAGCUUUCGAUGAACUCCGAGGGGCAACGACUAAAUGGUUCUUGCCCUCUAAUGCCAGAAGAGGUCGGAAUCCUUCUCCGGGCUCAUGGAUACUCAUGGGACACCAUUAUAUAUGUGUCGGGCGGAGAAGUUUUCGGUGGACAACGAACCUUGAUUCCUCUCCAUGCUAUUUUCGAGAAUGUCGUUGACAGGACUUCCCUCAGCACCCCAUGGGAACUUAGUAGGCUUUAUGGUCGUGAGAUUAACGUCGGAGGAAACUAUCCAAGGUCUCCACCUUCUGAAUUGAAGGAGUCGAAGCCUGAUACGUGGAAGAGUGACGGUCCACGUCCUCGCCCGUUGCCACCUCCGCCAGCUAGGCUGAAAUAUCCACAUAACAUAGAAGGUUGGUGGGGUUGGGUGGCUGAGAGUGACAUUGAGCCUGAAAGUACUGUAAUGGAGUUGAGAACCAAUGCCCAUAAAUUGCUUUGGGAAGCUAUUGAUUACUUUAUAUCUGUCGAAGCCGAUGUUUUUAUCCCCGGGUUCGAUCGUGAUGGCAAGGGGCAUCCGAAUUUCGCAAGCUUAGUGAUGGGCCAUAGACUUUAUCAGUCAGCUUCACUUAAAACAUACCGGCCUGAUAGAAGAGAAGUGGCAACACUCUUAUCAGAAACCAGAGAACAGCUAUAUCAUGCAAACUACACAUGGCUGAGAUCGAUUCGGCAACAUCUAAGGAAGUCGUUACUCGACGGAUUGAUAGAGGCAUCAACAGUAGUGAAAUCAAUAUCUUUUCUAUCACAUCCAGUUCCUGAAUGUUCUUGCUCAAGACAGGACUCAGAAGAGCAUGCUUCUUCGAGUCGUUUGACUCAUUCGCAAGCUCAGGCUGGUGGUGUAGGAGUUGUGCAUCGUUGUCCCGAUUGGAUGCGAAGUGAGUCGGGCCUGCGAUCGAAAGAUAAGCAAACUGAAGAAGAUGGCGACGAAGAUGAACCAACAUCAGAAUCAUUUUUUGGGUACAGGAGUGGGAACAGGGUAGAGGGAAAUGGAGAGAUGAUGAGUAAGGAAGCAAUUCUGCUGAAUGAUCAAGAGGAACUUGAUGGUGGAGAGAGAUAAGAAGGAAGUGAGUUGCUUGGAAUUGGUAGCAACAGUUUUGUAAUGCACACGUGUUGGCACUAACUAGUUGAAAUGGUUCUAGAGCGUUGAAAA